UGACGUGAUAACGUCUUUAAAAUCGUUUUAGUUGGGUGACUGUUCAGAAACUGUGUCACGAGACCUCUCGAGGUCGAUCGCAGGUAUACCCCCCUCUCGUUAUAACGAGAGAGAGACGGACCGAUCUCCCGUCUCAUCUCGAGCGCUGCCAGUCAUUCCGUGAAAUCCACACGAGCGGAGGCAGGCAUAGCGUUCGAGUGAGUGGACCGAUCUUCCGUCUCUCUCACUCUAGCGGCAUACAAACGAAUGGAGAUUUUCUCGUGCGGUUAAGUUUUCGUUGAAUGUGAAACAAAAGACAGUGAAACAAAAUUUGAAGUGCAAGUGAAGUGUUACAAUAAUUGCAACAAAAAAAGUGUUUACUGAUGGAGACUGAAGAAAUCACCACGCUCAACAUGAUGGAUCCCUGUGCACACAUUCCUUCAACAUCCAGUACGCUGAUGGAGACCGAGGAUGCUUUGCCGUCAACGUCUGCAAUACCCACCAUUGCCGAAAAGAAGGCCCUGCGAAAUCGUAAAGCAGCAGUUCCUCUUGGUGGAACAACAGUUCACUCAGCGUUCCGUCUUACAACAUCUCGAGUCAUAAAAGAUCUAUCUUCUGAAACGUUGCAAGCAUACAGGAACAUGUUCGUUGGCGUAAGAGCCGUUUUCAUCGACGAGAUCAGCAUGAUGAGUGCGGCUAUACUGCGUAAAAUCAAUUAUCGACUGCAACAGAUCACUGGUAAUUUCGAUCAACCAUUUGGAGGCAUUCAUGUGAUCUUAUGCGGAGACUUCAGGCAGCUACCACCAGUACGUGCCCUUCCGUGUUUUAAAAUUUCAAGCAACGACCUGGGAGGAUCUCCACUUUGGCAAACCAUCAAAUUCUUUCCUCUGGUACGUGUUGUACGACAAACCGAUGAACUGUUUUCUUCAAUCCUCACUAAAAUUGGAAACGGACUCAAACUUAGUGACAAUGAGAUCACACUUAUUGAAUCCAGACACAAGAGUACAGCCUGGUGCAAAGAAAACGUUCCUGACGCCGUUCGGUUGUUUUACAGCAACCAAGAAGUGGAUUUUUAUAACCGAAGUGCAAUUAACAACGCACACAACUUAGUCACCACAGAUAUUAUGCUCGGAUAUGCAAAUAAUUCUGAGAGACACCAGUGUCAAGGGCAACUUCACAAGAUGACGGUUUCAGAGACAGACGGAUUGCCAUACAUGUUGCCAUUAGCAGAAGGUUAUCCUUACAUGAUAACAUCUAACAUCGACGUCUCGGAUGGAUUGGUUAAUGGUGCUAUUGGAGUUUUGAAGCACAUCGAACGUCAACCGGUCAACGUAGAUGAAAAUUCAUCGACAAGCACAACUCCGCCACAAGCUGAAGACGAUAUCAUUACUCUUUGGUUUGAAUUUCCAGACAAAAACACGGGUGUUAAUGCUAAAAUCAAAUGUCGACCACAUGUCGUCAGCAAGCCAAACACUUUAUCUGUCGAUUGGAUACCAGUGUACAAGAAAAUUGUCAAUAUUACUUUGUCAAAAACAGUGAAGUGCAAACGGAAACAGUUUCCUUGCAUGCCUGCUUGUGCCAUUACAAUCCACAAGUCCCAAGGUGGGACAUUUGACAUCAUUGUAUACAAGUACUCUUCUCAGCAACCAUUGCAAUUAGUGUAUGUGGCCUUGAGUCGCGUAACAAGUAUCGAAGGCUUGUUUAUCAUUACAGAAAAAGAUUCUUGCUUCAAUUUCAAACAUGGUCGACAAGGAAACGAUUCUGAAACUACGAGAGAGAUUCGCGAUGAAUACAACCGACUUCGUGGACACCAUCUCCAGACAAUCACAAAGAAAGCGCUAAAAUUCUGUGAUGAUGCUACCGACUUGGGACAAACAAUUAUAACAAACAUCAAUUGUCAAAGUUUAAGCGCCCACGUUGAGGAUUUAGAAACAGAUACAGUCAUACUAAGAUCCGACUAUUUAGUUCUGACUGAAACGUGGAUGCGAGACAAUUGUCCACCAAUUCCGAUUAACAAUUAUAAGUGCAUAUCCAGGAAUAAUAAUCGAACUGAUUCAGACACCAACGCAGCUGGAGGAGUUGCAAUCUAUUGCAGAUUAUCAUCGCCAUCUACAGCGAAAGUGGUUGAAAUUGCGAUUACAGACUCAGCUUGUCACAUCAAAACCUCAGGAGAUGUGUGCUUGGCUGAAGUUACUUGCUUUACUGCAGAUACCACCUUCAAGUUUGUGCUCGGCGCUAUAUACGUUCAUCCAGGAGCUAGUACGCAAAACGUCGGAAUGUUACUCUGGCAAGCACUCGGUCCGUACAUUCACAACACCCAGUACGUGACCCCGUUCCUUCAAGUUGAUUCUAAUAUACCCAUUCUUCUGUGUGGUGAUUUCAACAAAAACGUUAAGACAGAUGACUCAUUCCUCAGAUUCAUGAAAGAAACGUUCAAUCUUGAAAACUUGUCAGAUGUUUCAAAGUCUACUACAUUAAAAGGAACAACCAUCGACCUGACUUUUGCAAGGCACAUAACAGCUGAAACCCUUCCUUUUAUUUCUUACUUUUCCUAUCAUCGUCCUAUCCUGAACAGAAUUACCCAGAUUGGAAACAGAUAAAUUUACGUGAUUUUACGUAAUUUAAAAUUUGAAAAAAUUGUUAUCUUCAUUAAUUCCUUACUUCACAAAAACUUAUAUCACCAAUAAGACGUUAUCACGUAAACAUCUCGAUCGUAAACCUACUUUACAAACAACCAUUUUUUUUAUUUUUAUAAAUUAUUUUUUCAUGUGAUAAAUUUUCCUUUUAACUUGCUUGCUUAUUAUAUAGAAAAUUUUCCGUAGAUUAAGAAUUUGAAAUGCGUUCUUGUCUAUCUAAUCUAAUCAAGCAAAAAACGAAAAAUGGCUAUUUAUAGCACAGUUGGUCCGUUUUUGGACCUUUCACCUCACAAAAUAAAAUUAUUUUUAUUUUAUCUGAUACAGAAUUUUCCAAAUUUUCAAUUUUUGAUAAUUUAUUUAGCGAAUCUCUCGUAAACUAAAAUAGUUAGAAAGGAAGGAAUCGCUGAGUUAUAAUCUACGGACAAUUCUCCAUAAAAUAAUACAUGUUUUGUUGCAGUAUUGCAAAGUAUUCUUAGGUGGGCUAGAAUACUCGCAUAUGAAUGAAUGUAAACAAGUUUUUUAUUGCUUUCAGCGUGCGUAUCUCAACAGCGAUAGUGACCUCGUGCAGUUGCUGUCUGCUGUGUGCAACUCAAGGCAUACGCAGUUCCAUAUCGGUUGUCGAGUGAAUCGCGCGUUUUCAUUGCGACUAGUUUUCGUUCUUCAAAUCAUAAUUAGAUAAAUUGCGGAAUGUUCCGUUGUAUGUUCAUCAAUCGCGGAGUUAUCGGUGGUUCACCUAUGCGCGUGUGAUGUUCCGUCGGCCGUCGGUGAUUGUUUUUCGCUUGUGGAAUUACAUUGCACUCGUGCUAACCUAUGUGUAAAUAACCUGCGUGUCCAAACAUACUUAAUAAUAAUUUGGAAUUAUGUUUAAUUAAUUUUGAUUUUUGAUUUUUAAAAAAUGGAUGUAGUUUUUAGUGUUGCUAAUAAAACCUAAUAUAAUAUUUUA